AUGUUACCCCACCACCAUAACCAAUCACACUCAAUCUCACUUUCUACCCCCUCUUUCUGUAGAGGGUUUUUUUUUUGGGUGGCCAAUGCCUAUAGUAACUUCAGAAGAAUAGCAUCUCAUCAUACAUCCAAGAAUAACAUUUGGGGCUUGUUAAAGUUAGGUUCUUUACUAGAAUUUUGCCUUAAAAAAAAUCAUCUUUAUCUCCUCAGUGAAAGCUACAGGGAACAGUCAAAGUAUAGAUAAGAUUAACCCCAAUAUACUUCUGUCCAAGAAAGACUCAAUAACAUGGUGUUUACAUAGAAAGAGAGAAAAAUAGAGAGAGAGAAAAAGAGUAGUCUUUGGUGUUGUUGAAGGAAGAUGUCAGGUGGUGGUUGUAGCAUAGUAUGGUUUAGGAGGGAUCUGAGAGUGGAAGAUAACCCUGCUUUGGCUGCUGGAGUUAGAGCAGGGGCAGUUAUUGCUGUGUUUAUUUAUGCUCCUGAAGAAGAAGGGCAUUAUUAUCCUGGUAGAGUAUCAAGAUGGUGGCUUAAGCAGAGCUUGGCUUAUCUUAAUUCAUCUUUGAAGAGUCUUGGAACUUCCCUUAUUACAAAGAGAUCUAAUGAUAGUAUUUCUUCUCUUCUUGAAGUUGUUAAAUCUACUGGUGCUACUCAGCUCUUCUUCAAUCAUUUGUAUGAUCCUAUUUCACUUGUGAGAGAUCAUCGCACAAAAGAAAUCUUAACAGCUCAAGGUAUAUCUGUGCGUUCCUUUAAUGCUGAUUUGCUCUAUGAACCAUGGGAAGUUAAUGACAAUGAAGGUCGCCCGUUCACGACAUUUUCUGCUUUUUGGGAGAAAUGCCUUAGCAUGCCUUAUGAUCCAGAAGCUCCACUUCUUCCUCCUAAAAGGAUUAUAUCUGGUGAUGCAUCAAGAUGCCCUUCAGACAACUUGGUAUUUGAAGAUGAAUUAGAGAAAGGAAGCAAUGCACUUCUUGCUCGGGCAUGGUCACCUGGCUGGAGUAAUGCUGAUAAAGCACUAACUACUUUCGUUAAUGGACCAUUACUUGAGUACUCGCAGAACCGUCGGAAAGCUGAUAGUGCAACAACAUCCUUUCUAUCUCCACAUUUACAUUUUGGGGAAGUCAGUGUUCGUAAGGUAUUCCAUUUUGUUCGCAUCAAGCAAGUUCUCUGGGCCAAUGAAGGAAAUAAAGCUGCUGAAGAGAGUGUUAAUUUGUUCCUUAAGUCCAUUGGGCUGAGGGAGUACUCAAGAUACAUGAGUUUUAAUCAUCCUUAUAGCCAUGAAAGGCCCCUGCUUGGUCACCUAAGGUACUUCCCAUGGGUAGUGGAUGAGGGCUACUUUAAGGCAUGGAGACAAGGUAGAACAGGUUAUCCUUUGGUUGAUGCUGGUAUGAGAGAGUUAUGGGCAACUGGCUGGCUUCAUGAUCGUAUCCGAGUCGUGGUUUCUAGUUUCUUUGUGAAGGUUCUGCAGCUUCCAUGGAGGUGGGGAAUGAAGUAUUUUUGGGACACAUUGUUAGAUGCAGAUCUUGAGAGUGAUGCUCUUGGUUGGCAAUAUAUCUCUGGUACCCUACCUGAUGGUCGUGAGCUUGAUCGGAUUGAUAAUCCACAGUUUGUGGGAUACAAGUGUGACCCUCAUGGGGAAUAUGUCCGGCGGUGGCUUCCUGAACUUGCUAGGCUGCCCACCGAAUGGAUACACCACCCAUGGAAUGCACCAGAAUCUGUACUUGAAGCUGCUGGCAUUGAGCUGGGUUCGAAUUAUCCUCUUCCAAUAGUUGAAAUUGAUUCAGCAAAAGUUAGACUAGAACAAGCCCUAUCAGAAAUGUGGCAGAAUGAUGCAGCUGCAAGAGCUGCGAUUGAGAAUGGAAUGGAAGAAGGACAUGGUGACUCUGCUGACUCCCCAAUAGCAUUUCCUCAGGCCAUGCAUAUGGAAAUGGACCAUGAACCAGUCAGGAACAACCCCGUAAUAGUUACUGUUCGACGCUAUGAAGAUCAAAUGGUGCCAAGCAUGACGUCAUCUUUGUUCAGAGCUGAAGAUGAAGAGAACUCUGUGGACAUUAGGAAUUCAGUUGUGGAAAGUAGGGCAGAAGUUCCAACAGACAUCAAUGUAGCUGAAGGUCAUAGGAGAGACACUCAUGACCAAACCGUCAUGCAAACUGCUCGAACCAAUGCCACCCCACAUUUUAAUUUUGCGGUAGGUAGAAGGAACUCUGAAGAUUCAACAGCAGAAUCUUCCAGUAGUACUAGAGAAAGGGAUGGGGGUGUAGUGCCUACAUGGUCUCCCUCAAGUACCAACUAUUCAGACCAAUAUGUUGGUGAUGAUAAUGGUAUUGGGACCAGUUCAUCUUACUUGCAAAGGCAUCCACAAUCUCACCAGCUAAUGAACUGGCAGCGGCUUUCUCAAACAGGGUGAUCAUCUAUGUGGAGCUACGAUAGCUACAAGGAGGAGAAGCAAGUGGCUAAUAUAGACAUUUGGCUCAGCACAUUUAGUACAGCAUUCACCUACUCUUUCUCUCAUAGUCUUGACCUGAUCAGCCAUCUUUGUGUCUAUAUCUCUAAUUGAUCAGGUGGUUCGUCUGGAUUUUCAUCCUCAUCUGUCGGGCAUCCCCCCCCCAUUUACCUAUCAUACCAUAUAUGUGUCUCUGCUGUAUAGUAUAGAAGUUUUUCAUAAGGCCAAAUAAGUGUUAGAAAGAGGUUGCAGUCCUCUGUCAAGCUCACACUUGUGCCUUUUUUUUCCUUCUCUUUUCUGCUACUUACAUUUUGAUGGCAAUAACGAUUAUCUGAAGUCCUGGAACUAAUUAGAUUUUUGUGGAUAUCAUAGUUUCAAACUCUGUUUGACGGAUGUACAUGUGGUUUAAGCAGCUUCAUCUUAUAUUUUUGUUGUCGGAACAUUGUCAUUAUUCUAUAAGAUUUCUAGUUUGAACA